AAGGCAAACUUUAUGCCCCUCAUCUGGCCAUAGAAGACGAACCUACCACAACCUGCUCGAAUGGAACCACACCAUGCAACCGGUGACCCCUUGAACACGAGUAUAAGGCAUAGUUUAGUGACCUAACGUCUGAACUCGCGACUGGUUGUGUAGAUUAACGCCUGGUAUAUUCUUUAUUCAUGCCCGACUAAGUCUGACAGCCCGACGCCGCUCGUGGAAGCUGCUUCCCAGGAGUGCUGAAGAGCCCAGUUUGCGUCAAACCGGAUUUGGGUUGCUGCAAUAAACUAUUCCCCGCCUGUUGACGCCUUCGAUAAAGUUUCGGUUGGCUUAGGAAGAUGCCUCCGGGCGUUCCGGGUGACCCUGAGUCCUGCCGCGACGGGCGUGACCUGGAGAAUGGGCGUGAUCUUGAAGCCCAACCGCUUGUGCAGCACUUCUUCUACGACCCAAACAGCCGAUGGCAUCGCUUUAAAAGGGCCAUCAUCGAGCCUCCAAAGUCCACGGUCAGCAUCUAUGCAGACAUUCCGUAUAACCAUGCCGAGUGGAAGCGGCAUCGCAAUGCAGCUUGGCGCCAUCGGCCCCAGCUAGUCCUGUUCAUGCGUGUGGCUGGAGGCUUCUGGUGGCAGCUCACCUACAUCUUCAUCGUGUCGCUGUUCGUUGGGCUGUACCACCACCACACCGGGUCCUUGUCAUCCGCGGCUUCCAAGGUGACGGUGCCCUUCAACCUCACCACGUUCGCGCUGUCGCUGCUGCUGGUGUUCCGAACCAACUCCAGCUACAGUCGCUGGUGGGAGGCCCGCCAGAUCUGGGGCGCCGUCGUCAACCUCUCCCGCAACUUCAGCCGACAGAGCAUGUUGUGGCUACCCGCCAGCAAGGCCCGCGUUGCCGUACGCUGGAUGAUCGCAGCGCCGUACCUGCUCAAGUGCCACCUGAGGUUCAACGCAUCGGUGCGAGAGAACGUGUCACACGUACUGCUGCCCCAGGAGCUAGACUGGGUGCUGGGCUGGACGCACCGGCCCAACGGAGCGGCCCACGUACUGGCCACAGCGGUGGCGGAGGGCGGCCUGGACACCAACAGAGAGCAGAUCCUGAUGGAGCUGGUGAACACCUUCAUCGACUGUGUGGGCAAGUGCGAGCGCAUCUUUAAGACGCCCAUUCCCGCAGCUUACACCAGGCACACAUCUCGGUACCUCAUGAUCUACCUGACCGCGUGCCCCAUAGUGCUCUGGUCCAGCAUGGGGUGGUGGACUCCCCUCACGGCGGUGCUCAUCACCUUCCUGCUGAUGGGCACGGAGAACAUCGGAGUGCAGAUCGAGGAGCCGUUCCGCGUGCUGCCGUUGGACGACAUGUGCAGGGGCAUCGAGGCCACCCUUCGGGAGAUGGAGCGGCAGCACAACCGCUUCGGCGAGCAGUUCCGCAGCUGGGCGACCGACCCGGCGGGUCUGUCGCGCGCCUCCUCCGAAUCCUCCCUGGACUCAUUCCAGGACGGCCCUGCAGAUGGUCCCUCCGAGCCCGCGGCGCUGAAGCGCUACCACAACGUUCCCCCACCCGCACCGCUAGCUGCCGCUGCACACGCGCUGCGGGUCUCCUUUGCAAGGCCCUCCGUACCGUCCUCGUCCGCCGCUCCCUACUCGCCCAGCGGACAAGGAGCAGGAGGAGCUGCGGCUGCUCAUGUGGAUGGCGGUAGCUUUGGCGCUGCGCGCGGCGGCAGCGUCGGUUCAGGCGAUCUGUCGCAUCACUUGGCCACAACGCCAUCUCACGUCGUGGCAGGCGGCGGAGGGUUGCUGGGUGGGCUGUUGCACCACCUUCGCCACCCGACGAUGGGCAGCACCGGUGGCGCUGCUGCCGGUGGCUCCGGAGGCAGCAGCAGUCGGCGAUUUGAGGCGGGCGGCGUCGCUAGCAGCAGCGGUGGCGGUGAGGCUGGUACGGAGUGCCUCCGCACCUCUAGCGGCGCCUUGCAGUCCUCUGCCUCCCUUCCUGCUCAUCACCACCACAACCAUCCGCACUUUCCGCACCACCAGCACCAUGCGCACCGCAACCUGCCGCACCACCCCGCGGAUGUGCCGGGCCUUAUGGCCGCCACGGGCCAGGCUCAGGAUGUCCGUAGUGUUGACCAUGCCUUGCGGCCGCAUGAGCACGAGCAGCUGCUGCAGCAGCAGGUGGACUGCCUGCCAUCUGGGUCGCUGCACGCAACGUUGCAUGGGGCUGGCGUUGUUGAACCGGAGGAGGCGGUCAAGGAGCAGGUCAAGGAGGGGCAGGGUAGGGAAAGGAGGUCGCCAGGAAGCCAGGGGCGGCCGUCGCUGAACACCCUGUCCCCGUUUGCGCGGGAAAGCCAGCAGCGAGGCGAUGUGCAGUACGAGCAUGCGGAGUAGCACUGGGGAUGGCUGAUGAGGCGUGGCAUGGAGAAGAGUAGGAGCAAGUGUCGGGAUGAUGCUUGGCUUCAUCUAGGUGCUUUCGGUAUGAGUAGGGGCAGCGUGCUGUAGAGGCAGCAGCAUUGUAAGUGGCAAUCAGGCGCCGGAUGCAGUGUGGGCACUGAACGAGGGGUGGCAAUGCGGACAUCCGCGUGCCAUGCAGUCCGUGCGCUGCGCGAGUCGGCGGUACGGGGACGUGGGUAUUGGUCUCAUAUUUAUCACAUAUAUAUCCCUUCGUGAGCGCACUUAAAAUCGCCAUGCGUUCCCGUGUUCGAUCGGGUCCCACAUGUUGAGCCCUCGUCAGGCCAGCUGUCUCAGUUGUCUUUCCAACUCGGAACAUGCUGGUGUAUGUGACACAGUGCCAAGUGGCAGGUGUCACAAAGAGUGAGACGCUCAGCUGUCGGCUUCAUGCCCCGACAAGGCCCCGACGCCAUGCAAUUCAAUGG